AUGAGCUGCCAGAUUCCUCAGAAUUAUUCUACCGAGGUGGAGGCCGCCGUCAACCGCCUGGUUAACAUGCAACUGCGGGCCUCCUACACCUACUUCUUUCUGGGCUUCUAUUUUGACCGCCACGAUGUGGCUCUGGAGGGUGUGGGUCACUUUUUUCGCGAAUUGGCCAAGGAGAAGCGUGAGGGUGCGGAGCGUCUCCUGAAACUGCAAAACCAGCGUGCCGGCCGCGCCCUCUUCCUGGACAUGCAGAAGCCAUCUCAAGAUGAGUGGGAGAGAUUACAGCAGGAUAAUAACGUGGAAGACGUGCUGUAUUUCUGGAAGCAUUCCAUGGUCCUGGAUAUUGGCGAGUGCCUGACCAUCCCGGAUGAGUUCUUGGAGCAGGAGAAGCUGACUGGGGCGUGGUGGAAGCAGCUGGUGGCGGACGCGGUGGCAGGUGCCAUUCCCUGGAGAGGCAUAGCCCCUCUGGACUGCCUCAAGGUCUUCAUGCAGAUCCACGCCUCCAAGACCAACCGGCUGAACAUCCUGGGGGGCCUCCGUGGGGGAGCAUGA